AUGAAAAUAAUUAUCAAAACUUUAAGUGGAUAAACUUUUGAACUUGAAGUUCAGCAAACAGAUACAGUAACUCUGAUUUACAAAUUAGGUUCUAAACAUCAAAGAAAAAAUUGAAUAGGUUAAAUAAUUUGAAAUAGGCUAAUAAAAACUUUUAAGAAAAGGAACUCUUUUACUAAAUGAUUAAACAGUAGGGGAAUUGGGAAUUUAAGAGAAAGACUUUCUUGUUGUUAUGGUUAACGUAAAAGUAAUAAAUAAAAAAUAUAAUUGUCUAGAAAGGUCCUCCUUAAUAAUAACCUGUUUAAUAAUAAUAAGUAUAAUAAUAGCCACUUUAAUAACCUUAACCAAUUUAAAUUUAAGAACCUGUAUAAGUAGCUAAGCCAAUAGUAUCAUAAUAAAAUAUGGCAACAGGUUAGGAAUAUGAUGUGGCAAUUUAAAAUUUGAUUUAAAUGGGAUUUGCUAAAUCUGAAUGUGAAGCAGCAAUGAAAGCAGCAUUUAAUAAUUAAGAUAGAGCCAUAGAAUAUUUAUUAAAUGUAAUGAAAUAUCAUGCUAUUUAAGGGGAUUCCUGUAGUUGAAUAGCCACCACCUCCAUAAUAAGGAUAAAAUGUAAAUUAAGAACAUUAAAAUACAUUGUAAUAAUUAAGAGAAUAAAUUAUAUAAAAUCCAGAGACAAUACUUUAAAUUUUACCAUAAUUAUAGUAAUCAAAUCCUUAAUUAUAUUAAGUAAAUAUAAUGAUUACAUUUAAUUAGUAAAUUUAAUAGAAUCCCGAGACAUUUAUUCAGUUACUUUUAGGAGGUGGUUAAGAAGGAGGAGAUGAGAUUGAGACAGAGAUUACUUAAGAAGAAUAAUAAUAACUGAAUUAGUUAAUAAUGAUGGGAUUUACAAAAGAAGAUGCAUUAGAAGGUUAUUUAGCUUGUGAUAAAAAUGUGGAAACAGCAGCAUCGUAUUUAUUUGAAAAAUAAGCAAGAGGGGAUUUAUUAAGUAUAAAAUUAUAUUUAUGACAGGUUAACAUAUUGAGAGGGAAGAAAAUAAUCCUGAAAAUUAUAAUGAUGAAGAAGGAAAUGAAGGGGAAGAUGAUUAAGAUGAUGAUGAUGAUUAAUAUUAUUGA